AUGUACGACAGAAUGACGCAUUUUUUGGAGCAAGAAAACAUUAUAUCGAAUGUGCAACAUGGUUUCCGUGUUGGUUACUCAACGGAAACGGGGAUUAAUGACCUUGUCCAGUAUAUCUACGACAAACUCGACAUGGAAUGCCUGGGGUUUCGAGGUAAUAUCAAUAGUUGGAUAAUAUCAUAUAUGAAACACAGGGAAAUAAGGGUCAAAGUGAAUGGAAUAUACUCGGAACCUUUCAACGUCAACUUAGGCACGCCCCAGGGAGGAAUCUUAGGUCCACUACUUAUUCUUCUGUAUGUGAAUGACCUUCCUGAGUUCCUCAAUAGCAACUGCCGCGGUUUUAUGUACGCGGAUGACACAUCCAUCUUCGUCUCCGGAAGGGAAGUUCAGGAGCUGAUCAAUAGGUUUUCUUUUGCGAUCGAAUUCACUGGUCAGUAUGUUAAACCUCUGACUAACCUAGCGUUCAGCUUUGCGGGUUCACGCGUGGAAUUAAACCACACAACAAACUUUCUCGGAUCUUACAUCGAUGCCUUCCUAAAGUGGGACUACGACAUAGAUAGUGUUUAUUUUGUGUUCCCCGACUUCGUUACAAUAGCCGCGGAAGGUGCUUGGCGUUGUGAUGGAAAGGGACGCUUUAAGCAGGGCUGGACUGAGUGA